AUGCUUUCUGUAGCUCUGUUUUACCUCUUAGCUGUGAUUUGUUCUGCAAGACGGACACAUGCUCUACCGCUGUACCCUGAUACCAACCUGGAGCCACAGGCAGAUUUCAUCCAGAAAUUAGUGUCAGAGGUUGAGGAUGGACCCAACACCGCCGAGGGGGAGCAGAGAGAGGUGAAUAACCUGUAUCCUCUACUGAUGCAGCACAAUGGAGCAAGAGACUCCUGGAAUAAAGGGGCUAAAGAUUCAGCACAACAAGACAAGUUUGCGAACAUGGUUGAGGACCUCGGAGAAGCUGUUCUGAAGUUGGCAGCGGCUGAAAAGCUACGUUCUCAGGGUUUUCUCAGAUCAGAGCAGAACUUGCCAAAAACAAACAAAAGAGCAUGUUUCUGGAAAUACUGUGUCACCAACUAG